AUGCCGUUAUCCCUGCAGAAACUUCUGGAGACUCAACAGGCACUUGAGAUCAUCCCGGGGGUUUUGUACUUUGCGUCUCUGGGCGAGCGGCUGCAGUCCAUUGCAGAGACGGUGGCCUCCGCCUCUCACUCAUCUGCGGUUCGUCCACUCUCUCAGCGUAUUCAACAGGAAGAUCGCAUUGAGGCCGCCGCCGCUAAUGCCGCAUUGGAGGCAUCUAUGAGUAGUAUGCCCUCUUUUGCUCAUCGUAGAAGACAAUCAUCGCCGAGACGAAGAGAAAAAAGUGGAAUAUCUCAAGAAAGGGCAACUUCUUCAAAGAAUUUACGAAGAGCACGUUCAAACGUCGCUCAAGCUUUAUUGUUAAUGCGAAAAUUACUUGCAGAUACUAAUAAUGAUAAAGAUUGCGGUGGUGUUCUUGAUAGUGAUGUAUUUUAUUUUUCUGUGGGUGAAAGUAAAGCAUUUCAGUAUCAUUCUUUUUUUGCAGACUUUGGUCCAUUGGAUAUUAGUUGUGUUACUCGUUUAUCGCGAUGUUUACAGAGUUUACUAGAGUACUGUGCUGGAUAUGAAUGGGAUGUAGAUAGUCAUGGCACGCCUGUAUUUGGUCCACGAUAUAGACAUCUUAAAGGAGUGGAAAAGAAAGGUUUAAGAAGUGAUGAGGAUUCAUCAUCUUUACGUCCUAUUCCUGUUGUUUUUUGUAGUGGAUUACAAAAUCAUGAACGUGCUAAUGCGGCAUGUGGACUAGCAUGUUUCUGUGUAUCUACAUUACGUUGGUCUGCCUCUAAAACAUGGGGUAUUUUUCAACACGCCUAUCCCCCAACUGUUCCUUUUCGGGAUGCGAGUUAUGGUGUCUCUACUUUUCCAUUAACACUCUUAGAUGUUAUUUCAGGUCUUGAAAAGGCAAUUGAUUUACAAUGGUAUGAUGUUCGUACCUUUGAUGUGGAUGCCUAUGAGAGAUUACGUCAAUAUAAUUGUAAUUGGGUUGUACCUAACACUAUGAUGGCCUUUUCAUCACCUAUCAAUAGUGGUCGUAAACGAUCAGUAGAAAUGUAUGCAAAGUUAUUUCAAGAAUUACGCGUAACACAUGUUGUUCGAUUGAAUGAACCACUUUAUAAACGAGAAACUUUUCUGGCUAAUGGUAUUCAACAUGUGGAUUUGGAAUUUCCAGAUGGAACUGCCCCAAAUGAUGAUAUUAUUAAUCGUUUUAUGUGGGCUGUAGAACCGGUUUUAUUACCCCCACCGCCACUAUGGCAGGGAACAAAGAAUGAGGAAAAAAAGAGGGAAAAUCAAAAAAAAUUAUUACGUGCCCAACACUCUGCUGGAAAGAAAACGAAUGGUUCUAGUGCCAUUGCUGUACAUUGUCGAGCUGGUUUAGGUAGAACAGGAACACUUAUAUGUGUAUAUAUGAUGCAACACUAUGGAUUUACAGCACGAGAGAGUAUUGGUUGGAUUCGUCUCUGUCGUCCUGGUAGUGUUAUUGGAGUUCAACAAGUCUUUCUAGAACGAUUUGAACGACGAUUGGCACGGCCUACGAAAGAGUCUGAGAUUUUACGUGCAGCUUAUCACACCAGCGUUAUUGGAUCCGGUGUGGUGGAUGGUAUUAGUCACUAUACAUAUCAACUCCAUGGCUUUCCACCACCCAAAUCAACAAUGAUGAAAACUGCCACUACUACUAGUACACAUUCUACUUCUACUCCCAGUACUGUUGCUGGUAUGAAUAGAGCCAGUGCAACUACUACUACUACUACUAUGACUACGACUAUUGCCAAUAUUAAUAUGAAUACCUCCUCUACUACGACUAUGAGUACUAAUACUGACUCUUCUUCCUCUGCCACUUCAAAUCCCUCUCCAUCAUCACCGCAAUCAUCACCUUUAUCAUUAUCUUCAUCACCUUCAACAUCUCCUGCAUCUGUGUUCAUGCAACUCUCACCAUCAGGUAGAUUAUCACCAUCGGAAGUGACUGCCCACACCGCUGCAGAACGAGAGGCGAUGGUGGAAUUAGAGGCAAUGCUCACUGACGCUGCAUAUGUCCCUCGCCGUCCAAUUACGCAAUCUAUGAAAUAUCCCUCUUCCUAUUUUCUCAUGUUGGAAGGUGUCAAUCCAUCUCUUAACGCCUUCGCCGUGCAGAAUCGCUUUGUCACAGGAAGACUACGUCCUCAGCAGACUAACACCGAUCACACUACAGAGACCACUACUACUACUACUACUACUACUACUACUACUACUACUACUACUACUACUACUACAGCACAAACUCAUACGGCAAUUCCACAAACAAAUUCCCGUGCGUCUUCUUUACUUCCACCAUCUUCACCACCUCCUGGUUCAACCGCAACCGCUAUUGGCAUCGCCGCACCGUUAAGCACAGAAGAAACCAGUGCAGAUGAACGAUUACAAUAUGAUAAAAAAAUCCCCAAUAAAUUUUAUAAUAAUCAUUAUCAUCAUCAUCAUCAUGCUAGUAGUAGUAGUAGUAGUGUUCGACAUAAUAUUAUUCAAAGCAAGUCCAGUGUUGUCAUUCCCCAGCGUCCAACAACUGUGCCAGUCACUCCUUGGCGAACAACACGAACAGUUGCCAGCAUUACUCCACCAAGAGUGCAGGUGUUGGUGCAGAAGUCAAGACACCGGAAAGGAGUUCUCAGUGAUGUAUCAGAAGUGGUUGGAAAAGAAACCACCGUGGGUACUCACAACACAAGUUUACCAGAAAAUAUUCAUCGUUUUUUAAAUGCACAGACAAUUGGACCAAACGGUGAGGGUCUUGCAGCGAUUAAUACCAGUGCUAGACGAUUACGUGUGCCUUUAAUAACACCAUCGGAGAGAAUUUUUCUACCAUUGUUUGUAGAAGAAACGCCUGGUGUGCGAAGGAAACAGCCGAGACUUUCAGUAUCACUUGUAAAGCAGGCUUCUGCAACUGAUCCUGGAUGGGGAACGUCAACUAUGCGUCUGGAAGAGUAG